UGUUGUAAACUAAUACGCCAGCUGUUGGAAAGAGCUUCCUUAUUUGGGGUGAAAAAAAUGGGCCAAGAAAGAAGAGUGGGGAAGGAAUUCCAUUCUUUGCUCCAUCCUUUGUCACUCAUUCUCUUUCCUAAAUUGAGUGUUGCGAUGCCAGGGACCUUGCCAGCUCAGCUCCUGAAUUCGCAGUUUGGCAACGGUCUGGGGCUCCUCCCGCUCGGAGGCGGGUAAGGAUGGAACUAUGUAGGGGCGCGAGUGAAAGAGAGGACUCAGAUCCCUUCCAGUUCCACACAUUUCAGUAGGAACUGCAGAACAAGAGCAAAGCUGUGGAAAGAGCAAAGUGCCCGCCGCCCGUCUGCUAUUCCCACCGUCUCAGCUGCCGUUCGCUGGGCAGCGGCAGGAGGACUUCCUCCCGUCCCCGCGAACUGUUGGGCAGGUACUUUUAUUAAUUCCCGACGGAUAAAUCUUUGUUCACAGCAGGACUGUUCUCCGCUAGCUAUAAAGGAAAAUAAACCACUGAGGAUUAGAACAAAGACGCAACUGCUUUGCCUUUUUCUCUUUUUUUUAAAUUUGGAGCCAGCAGGCUCCGGUGUGCCCCUUCCAGAAGUGAAGCACCUGAGCGUGGACAGACUUCUCACCAAGGCCCGGUCCUCUUUGGGACGUGGCAGUGUGACUCGCUCUCCUCAGGCAGUAAACUUGCCCCUGUGAGAGGGAAAUUGAUUAAGCCCAAGUGUGUGGUGCACUUGUCAGGGCACCAGGGCGCAUGGAAACUCCAGUGGACUCUCCCGGAAAGGAGAACAUGCCCCCCAAGUCUCUUUGCAACCUCUCCGAGACCGCGGAGGAGAAUCCGGGAGACUUGGUCCCCGGAGUGUCGGAGAGAGACUUCCUGCCACCCUCCGACGGGACCAGCGCCAAGUUCGCAAUCCGCUGCGUGAUCCCGUCCCUCUACCUGCUCAUCAUCACCGUGGGCUUGCUGGGCAACAUCAUGCUGGUGAAGAUCUUUAUCACGAACAGCGCCAUGAGGAGCGCCCCCAACAUCUUCAUCUCUAAUCUGGCCGCCGGGGACUUGCUGCUGCUGCUCACCUGCGUCCCAGUGGAUGCCUCGCGCUACUUCUUUGACGAGUGGAUGUUCGGGAAGGUGGGCUGCAAACUGAUCCCGGUGAUCCAGCUCACCUCCGUGGGAGUUUCCGUGUUCACUCUCACUGCCCUCAGCGCCGACAGGUACAGAGCCAUUGUCAACCCCAUGGACAUCCAGACCUCCGGGGCUGUGGUGUGGACCUGCGUGAAGGUGGUGGGGAUCUGGGUGAUCUCCCUGCUGCUGGCGGUUCCAGAAGCCGUGUUUUCAGAAGUGACGCGCAUUGAUAGCUUGGAAAAUGGCAACUUCACCGCGUGUAUACCUUACCCUCAGACAGAUGAAUUACACCCAAAGAUUCAUUCAGUGCUCAUCUUCUUGGUCUAUUUCCUCAUUCCACUGGCUAUUAUUAGCGUUUAUUAUUAUCAUAUUGCAAAGACCUUAAUUAAAAGUGCACAUAAUCUUCCUGGAGAAUACAAUGAACAUACUAAAAAACAGAUGGAGACACGGAAGCGCCUGGCUAAAAUUGUGCUAGUCUUCGUGGGCUGCUUUUUCUUCUGUUGGUUUCCAAAUCACAUUCUCUACAUGUAUAGGUCUUUCAAUUACAAUGAGAUUGACCCAUCUCUAGGCCACAUGAUUGUCACCUUAGUUGCCCGUGUUCUGAGCUUUUGCAAUUCUUGUGUCAAUCCAUUUGCUCUUUAUCUACUCAGUGAAAGCUUCAGGAAGCAUUUCAACAGCCAGCUCCGCUGUGGGAGGAAGUCCUAUCAAGAGGGAUCAACCAGCUACCUUCCCAGCUCUUCUGCAGUGCGUAUGACAUCUCUGAAAAGCAAUGCUAAAAACAUGAUGACCAAUUCAGUUUUACUAAAUGGGCACAGCAUGAAGCAGGAAAUGGUAUUGUGAUUUGAGCCAUUCAACUCACUAUGUGAAUUAAACUUACUCACCUUUCUAUCUCCACUGAGCAGAGCAGAAAGAAACAACUUCCUCAUUCUUACUAUUGCUCAGCUAAUUCAUGAGGUGAUUUCAUGAUUGACUCAGAAAAGGCAAGACAAACACAGCUAGCAUUCUUUUCUGAACAGGACUUUAAAUUACAUAGAAAAAUAUAUACAUGUCACAUUAAAAGUCAUCAAGGUGCAGUUCUACAUGUGUAUAAAUUAGUAUUGCUUCAGAAUUUAUGCUGUUGUUAGAGCCAACUCUAAUGUAUUUAUCUUAAAUUUGUUUUAUCUUGAAGCAUGAAAUGAAUUCCUAUAUUGACUUGAUGAUUCAGUGAGGGUAAUAGUCAAACUCCUAUUAUUUGAAAUACAAUAUUAUAAUAUAAACAAAUUUCCUGGUGAA